GAUAUAUUUAUUCUAGAUAAUUAUACUGUACAGCGAAUUUGCUAUGAAAAUGGAAGCUGGGCAGAACCAGUUUAUGAGCAGUGCAUCGAUGUCAUCAAAUAUCAUCCUCAAUGUAUUACUGGUUUUUGUAGAACGUGUCCAGAUGUGCUCCGAGAUAUGGUUAUCAGCGUCUCCUUAACAUUAAGUAUUGUUUCUGUAACUUUACUCCUAAUUGCACUAUUACUAUUUAGUAUUUUUAACUCAAUACAAUGUCGACGUCUUGCAUUACACAAAAACCUUGCUAGUGCUUUCUUAUUUCGAUUUACUGCAUUGGCUCUGUGGACAAUUGCGCAAACAUCAAAUUUUUUUCAAAAUUGCUCGUAUUACAACUCAAUGCCUUUAUAUGAAUAUGAAUGGAUAUGUAAGCUGCUGAUUUGGCUAGUUAUUUAUUUUCAGGUUGCAUCAGUAAUGUGGAUGGUUAUUGAAGGUGGUUAUUUAUACAGUCGAUUUACCGUAUUUGCCAUGCGAAGCAUCUAUAUUCCUUAUUAUGCUUAUCUCCUUUGUGGUUGGGGCUUACCCUUUGCUGUUGUUAUCAGUUGGACGAUUGUUCACCAAUAUCGAUCAAGUCAAAAUCAAAACUCAUUCUGUUGGUUGCCAUAUGCGCAAGGCGCUCAUUUAUGGAUAUUAUCUGCAACAAUGGGCUUGGCACUAAUUCUGAAUUUGUUAUUUCUACUGGGUAUCGUAUUAAUAUUGGUGCAAAAGUUACGUGCCGAAAGAAUAACCGAAUCUAAGAAAAUAUGGAGGACAGUCAAAUCAACUCUUUUAUUAAUCCCACUCUUAGGUGUGUCAAAUAUACCCUUAUUUUAUGAACCAUCUCAGCCGAGCAACACCUAUAUGCUUGGAUCUGCUAUCGUGCAACAUUCACAGGGUAUAUUCAUUGCUGUUCUGUAUUGCUUUCUAAAUGGCGAUGUGCAGAAUGCAGUUAAACGUCAGCUACUGAAAGUAAAAAUGUACAUUUUGAGUAAUCAAUUCUGUUUUGAAACGCAGAGAACGUAUAUUUCGAGUAUGAAAGAUCAAUCAGAUAGAAAACUGGACAUGCCAAUGGAAGAACUGAAUAGUGCUGAUUGA